UUUCAGACCCUCCGCAUUAUUUAUUCUGUGAUUGCUUUAUGCAUGUUUGGCUUGGCGAUGCUAGUGCAAAUUCCCAAGCUGAAUGUCUCAUUGGAUGCGAAGAUUGGAGUGCUGGUACUGUGGGCCGCCUACGGCAUAAUACCGUUGGCGCACUGGACUUAUGUGAUGGGUGGAUUCGACAACGAGUUGGUGCGGCUAAUGGUGCCACGCAUAAUUAUCAUGUACGGCUGGUGUGCUCUCGCCUUCGUCAUCUAUGCUGCGAAGAUACCCGAACGUUGGCUUACCGGUAAAGUGGACUAUGUUGGACAUUCGCACAAUUGGUGGCAUCUAUUCAUUUUGGCUGCUUUCUAUCACUGGCACAAUACUGGUAUUGUAUAUGCGGAAUAUCGUGUGAAUAACGGUUGCAGUCUGCCCACAUUAACGUAGAUCGUUAAAUUUUAACUAAAUUUUAUAGUAAUAUACAUUUUUUCGUUUAUGCACAACGCGUGGGCAUAUCUAUGAAAAAAAAUGAAGUUAUUACUUUGUGAUUUUUGCCUACAAAGCAUUCAGUGAGGCACUAAAACACCGGCUAGUUAUCAUCGUACCUUCAUCCAAACAAAAGCAUAUGAAUUCCUUUGUACUUAGUUUUAAUUGAAAAUCUAGUUCACUUACUCAUUAUUUAGUUUUAAUGCACAUUUGUAAAUAAUUAUAUUCGAAA